GCUAGUCUUAACCAUCAGCUUCCUCCAGCUGCAAGCUGAUACUUUGUGUAUGCCAGGUUAUUACCGAUAUAUAAAGUUAAAGUACCACUGAUAGUCACGCACACACACUGGGUGUGGUGAAAUUACCCUCUGCAUUUGACCCAUCCCCUUGUUCCACCCCCUGGGAGUUGAGGGGAGCAGUGAGCAGCAGCGUUGGCCGCGCUCGGUUGUCAUUUUAGUGAUUUAACCCUCAAUUCCAACCCUUGAUGCAGAGUCCCAAGCAGGAAGGAUCCAGCAUGUCCAAGCAGACUCUGGGGAAGAAAUAUCUAAGAAAUAUCAUCCGCCAUACCGAUGCUCACAACAAGAUCCAGGAAGAGACCGAGAUGUGGAAGAUGCGAGACAUGGAAGUCAAUCACGUGAGCGACGAGAAGACAACCAGGGGUCACAUGCACUGUGAUCGAAUGUCCUAUCAGUCCAGAGUCUCCUCAGAUCACGAUGACAGGGAGGCUCGAUACUGGACGCGUAAGCUCUAUGAAUUUGAGGACAACGAUCCAGACAGAUGGGGACACAGUGGCUUCAAGGAGCUUUAUCCAGAGGAGUUUGGGAGUGGCAGUGAUAAAAGCAGCUCAAGCAAGAAGACAGAGCAGCGCAGACACAAAGAGUCCAGGUCAAGACACUCCAAAAGAUCUUCCCAUAAGAAGAAGAAGAGGAAGAAAGAGGCGGAGGAGGGAAAGCGGAAAAGGUCCGAGUGGUCGUGCGCCGAUCGCAGUAGCGACGGCGGCGGCAACGCGGACAAAGACAAGGAGAGGGAGACGAAAAGCCGACAUCGGAGUAAGAAAAGCGACAAAACGAGGGAGAGGAGGGACGAGGAGGACGAGGGCCGCGGCCGACGGACGCACAGUCACAAAAGGAGAAAUCCGGACUCUCACAAACGCUCCGACUCGAAGAAGAAGCGGAGAAAAGACUGGCGGGCGGCGGGCGAGAAGAGCUCUGAUGAAAGCUCUGGAGAAUAAGGCUGGCAGGGAAUAUCCUCAUCUCAGGUCUUUUUCAACACUCUAUGGACCAUUCCAUCACUUUUUACUCUUUAUAACCUCUCAACUCGGGCUUACCGUUUUUUUUAAAAAUUGUAUUUGAACAUGGAAUUACCAGCAUUUUUUCCAGGUGUGCACAUAGUUAGUUGUUCAUAGGCGUGAAUGUGAGUCAAUUUGUCCUGUGAUUGCAUGGUGGACCCUCCAGCUUGGCCCUGAACAGAAUAAGUGCUAGGAAAAUAAAUCAUUGCUGCAUUUAUUUUUUUUUAAAGUGGAUUUUUCUGAUUUUAAAUGAUGUUUUUAUUUUUUUACAACUGAAGCCUCACACAGCUCUUAAUAUACAGAAUAUUAA